AUGGCUUCGUCAAUGCCCAGCACUAUCAAGCAGUGGAACGUUGUUGGCCAAGAAGGCUUUCAAUCCCUCAGGUUCUCGGAACAGACAUUGCCUGAGUUUGGUGACAGUCAAGUUCUGGUGAGAUUGCAAGGAGCCACCUUGAAUUUCCGCGAUAUCGUCAUCCCUCAUGGGAAAUACCCUUGGGACGUCAAGUCCAACGUCGUGCCCGGAUCCGACGGCGCCGGCACCGUCUUGGCCGUUGGGAAAGAUGUUACUCGAUUCAAGCCGGGCGACAAGGUCAUCACUGUUCUGAGCCCCGUAUAUCUUGGAGGACCUGUAACCGACGGUAUUACAAAAUAUGGACUUGGCGGCAGCAUCGAUGGCACUUUCCGCACCGUCGGCGCCUUUAGCGAGCAAGGACUUGUGUCGAUGCCCGAAGCCCUGACCUUCGUCGAAGCUGCUUCGCUCACUUGCGCCGGUGUGACUGCAUGGAACGCUCUCUUUGGAUUGGCCGGGAAACGAGUCUCGCCAGGCCAAUGGGUUCUUACACAGGGCACCGGGGGGGUGAGCACCUUCGCAAUUCAGUUUGCCAAGGCCGCCGGGGCGAGGGUCAUCUCUACCACGAGUUCUGCAGAGAAGGCGAAGAUCCUCGUGGAGCUUGGCGUCGACCACAUCAUCAAUUACCGCGAGACAGCCGACUGGGGACUGGAAGCGAAAAGGCUGACAGGAGGGUCUGGCGUUGACCUUGUCGUUGAGAUCGCGGGCGCAACAACAUUGGGUCAAAGCCUCGCGAGCGUGAAGCUUGAUGGCACCAUCGUAACCACUGGCUAUGCUGGCGGUGAAGCAAAAGGUCAGAAUAUGCCGACGUUCUUGGACUCUUGGCUCAGCCUUGUCACGGUUCGAGGGGUUUGGGCUGGUAGUCGCUUGCAAAUGGAGGAAAUGUGUAAGGCUGUUGAUGCCCAGCCGGACAAGCUCCGUCCCGUCAUUGACUCCAAGGUAUUCAAGCUAGAGCAGAUCAAGGAUGCUUAUGAGUACUUGGAGUCAGGAAAGCAUCAAGGAAAAGUUGGGAUUGAAAUUGAGUAG